AUGCUGUGACUUUUAUUCUGUUUUCCAUAUAAUCCCUGUAAACUUCCACCCAAGAAAAUAAAAACGAAACGGAACAAAAGAUCUUGAUCCGGCCUAUAAAUACGCAAUAUUGGGUGCCCUUAUCUUCCAAACUCCCACAAAGCCAACACGGGCAUGAUGAUAUCCUCUCUUUGGCAAUUCUGCCUUCUUUCACUUUUGCUUUCUUAUGGUGUUGUUGAGCUUCAAGCUUCCCACCAUGUCUAUAGCAACCUUCAAACUACCCAACUAACUUCAACACAACCCCAAGCUAAAGAUCCUUACAGAACUGGUUAUCAUUUCCAGCCUCCCAAGAACUGGAUCAAUGGUAUGUAUAUCUUCAACUUAUCUUCAAUUUUCUCUCGGCUUUUUUCAUUUUCUGCAUUUUCUUUAGCUUCUUGCACCUGUCCUUGUCUAAGUUUAUUGUAUACAACUCUUAACAGUUUGUUCUUUGCUUCUUGUUUUUCACAUUUGACUUGUUGUAACUGUGGAAAUGGACACAUUGGCUUCUUUGGUUUCUCGUCACAGAUCCAAAUGGGCCGAUGAUUUACAAGGGAAUUUACCAUCUUUUCUAUCAAUAUAAUCCCAAAGGUGUAGUUUGGGGCAACAUUGUUUGGGCACAUUCAACAUCAACCGAUCUUGUCAACUGGAUCCCACAUGAAGCUGCUAUCUACCCAUCACAGCCGUCCGAUAUCAACGGCUGCUGGUCGGGGUCAGCUACAAUCCUUCCCGGAGGCAAGCCGGCCAUGUUAUACACUGGAAUCAAUCCCCAAAACCAACAAGUUCAAAACUUGGCAUUUCCUAAAAACCUCUCAGACCCUUUUCUUAGGGAAUGGGUUAAGGUCCCACAAAACCCACUAAUGGCUCCAACACAAGCUAACCAAGUCAAUGCUAGCUCAUUUAGGGAUCCAACCACUGCAUGGCUAGGGCCAGACAAGAGAUGGAGGUUAAUCAUUGGAAGCAAAAGGGACCAAAGGGGAUUAGCUAUACUCUACAGAAGCAAAGAUUUCAUGCAUUGGACUAAGGCCAAACACCCACUUCAUUCAAACGAGAAAAAUGGAAUGUGGGAGUGCCCAGAUUUUUUCCCAAUUUCAAAGACUAGUUCAGUUGGUCUUGACACAUCAACAAAUGGUCCUAAUGUUAAGCAUGUGCUCAAGGUUAGCUUGGACAACACCAGGAAAGAGUACUAUACAAUUGGUACAUAUAACAUCAGCAAGGAUAUCUAUAUUCCAGAUAAGGGAUCAGUUGAGAGUGAUUUCGGUUUGAGAUAUGAUUAUGGUAAGUUUUAUGCUUCAAAAACCUUCUUUGACAGUGCUAAGAACCGCAGGAUCUUGUGGGGUUGGAUUAAUGAAUCCUCAAGUGUCAAUGGUGACGUCAAGAAAGGAUGGUCUGGGCUCCAGGCAAUUCCAAGGACCAUUGUGCUUGACAAGUCUGGCAAACAAUUGGUGCAAUGGCCAAUUGUAGAGCUUGAAAAACUUAGAACAAAGGAGGUCACGUUGCCAAGCACUGUACUUAAGGGAGGAUCACUUCAUGAAGUAUUUGGUGUCACAGCAGCACAAGCUGAUGUAGAAGUCGCAUUCGAGAUAAGUGAUUUCAAGAAAGCAGAUGUGUUGGAUCCAAGUUGGACUAAUCCACAAAUUUUGUGCAGCAAAAAGGGUGCCUCGGUGAAAGGCGGUCUUGGACCAUUUGGAUUGUUGACUUUGGCUUCAAAGGACUUGAAAGAAACCACAGCAGUCUUCUAUAGAAUUUUCAAGUCUCAAAACAAUUACAAGAAAUAUGUGGUGCUUAUGUGCAGUGACCAAAGCAGGUCUUCCCUAAAUCAAGAUAAUGAUAUGACCACUUAUGGGGCAUUUGUAAAUGUGGAUCCUGUUCAUGAGAAGCUGUCACUAAGAAGCUUGAUUGAUCACUCUAUAGUGGAGAGCUUUGGUGGAGAAGGCAAGGCGUGCAUAACAGCCAGGGUUUAUCCGACAUUGGCCGUUGAUGGUGAUGCCCACUUAUAUGCUUUCAAUUAUGGAAGUGAGAGUGUCAAAAUCGCAGGAAGUGCGUGGAGCUUGAAAACUGCUAAAAUAAAUUGAUCAAGAUUUGUAAUGUAGUGGAGAAGAAGAGUGGAGGAAGCAGACUCAACUACUAGUGGUGCCUCUUAAAUUAGAUGAUUGAUGUGAGAGCCGAAUAAACUUGUGCGGGCCCGUUUUAUGUGCUUGCCAAUUAUAUCUGUGUAUCAGUGUCAUGUUGCUUGCUAAAAAUAUGUAUCUCAUUUCUUGUUCAAUCGGAAUUCGGAAAUUUGCAAUUUUAUUUACUAA